AUGUUUUUGCAGAGAUCAGUGCUGUUGGGUAGGAGUGUUGCGUCGUGUGGGUUGCAGCGGACGGCAACCAGGGCGUUCACGAUCCCGUUUCUGUCGAAGCUGCCCCAGAAGGCUGGCGGCGUGGAGGGGACGCCCAACGACGCGUAUGUGCCUCCAGCGGUGGAUAAGAUGCAUGGGUCGUACCACUGGGACUUCGAGAGGGCGCUUGCGGUGGCGAUGGUGCCGCUGGCAGUGACACAGCUGGCCUCCGGCGGGUCGGCUCCGCAGGUGGCAGACGCGGUGUUGGCGUCUGUGCUGUUGGGACACGUCUACAUCGGGUUCCAGUCGUGUAUCAUCGACUACAUCCCGAGGCGGGUGUACGGCAGGAACUACAACUACGCGAUGUACCUGUUGACGCUGGGAUCUGUGUUCUCGGCGGUGGGCAUCUACAAGCUGGAGACCGAGGAGAACGGAGUGAUCGGGGUGCUGACCAGUCUGUGGAAGGCGGGCUCGGGGCGCGAGGAGAAGAAGGACGCCUGA